AUGGCGAGCCACAGCACGGCGGAUGCAGAGGCGGCCAAGGUGACGAUAGUGGGCGAGGAGAUGGUGGGCAAGACCAGCCUCCACCGGGUGCUCUGCGGCACCGGCCCCUUUGAAGAAAAGUACCGCACGACGGUGGGACCUCCGCGGCCUCACACGUUCACUUGGCCCGGCACCGAGAGCCCCCGAUCCGUCCAGCUCGUUGACACGGCUGGCCAGCUCCGCAUGCGCAACUACACCCUCAGCUUGUCGCGUUCGCGCCUGACCCCCGAGCACCACACCCACUCCAGCGGCCUCCCAGGCUCCAAGGGCGUGUGGCUGACCUUCGACCUCAGCCGUGCGGCCAGCUUCAAGCAGCUCGAAGAGGAGGAGUGGCUGCGGCACAUCAACACCAAGACGGGCGGCGGUGCGGUGGUGAUGCUGAUCGGCAACAAGGCCGACCAGCAGCGGGAAGUGGGGGCGGACGAGGCCGAGCGAUGGGCCGACCAGCACGGCCUGCUCUACGCCGAGGUCUCCGCCAAGGAGCCGGCCACCGUCGAAGCCGCCCUCAACACCCUGCUUCGCGCCAUCCCCUUGUAG